AUGUCUAUGCCUGUUCUCAGUCGUCCUUCCGCUCCAAGUAUCAGAACCACUAGUUCCUACAGCGUCGAACCGUUGCGCAUUGACGUGACGGGUAGCGCAGGCCUAGAGGGUUAUGCAAAGAAACGUCGCGAGCUGCUUGAAAUUCUCAAUAGUUUUCAUGGCUCAGGUAUUCAAACUGAGGGUGACCUCCCAAGAGUUGUAGCUCUUGGCUCUCAAAGCGUUGGGAAGAGUACUCUUCUCUGGCUUAUGAGUGGCAUUAUGCUACCGAGGAAUGCGGGCACUUGUACUAGGUGCCCUACGGAAUGUCGCCUACAAAACUCCCCCACUUGGUCUUGUCAAGUUAGCAUUCGACUUCAUAAAGACGCCGAGGGUAACGACCUCCCCGAACCGAGAGAAGUGCUCUUUGGUGACCUGUUGACGGACAUCAGUCAAGUCGAGCCCGUUUUACGUCGUGCGCAAGCUGCUAUACUCAACCCUAACGUCGACUAUCGUCAAUUCGUUAACGAUUCUUACAUGAAUCAUGCGCCUAGUAAUGGCAGAUCCUUGACGUUCUCCGAGGACUGCGUAUGCAUUCACCUCAAAGGGCCCGAUGUGCCAGACCUUUACUUCUACGACCUCCCAGGAGUAAUCGCAAACGUACCGGAUGGUACAGAUGUGGCAGAUAUAUCCUUCGUUGAACGUUUGGCUCAGAAAUACAUCGCAAAGGAAAAUUGUAUCAUUUUGUUGGUUGUAUCUUGCGAAACCGACUACUUGAAUCAAGGUGCUGCUCGUCUCAUCCGCAAUGAUCCAGCACUGAGACAAAGGACUGUUGGUGUCCUUACGAAGGUCGAUAAACUCGAUGAACCCGGCGAUGAUAUGAUUUCCACUGCAUCUCACGAUGAAGUAAUGCAAGGAUGGGUUGAUUUAUUGAAGAACAAAAUAAUGCCGUUGAAAAAUGGAUGGUUUGCGGUCAGGCAACCAUCUCAGCAGGAAAUUAGGAGAGCCAGUUCUAGAGGAGGUAUCUCCAGGGCUGAGGCUCUUCAAGCCGAGCGCAGGUUUUUCGCCUCCCAAGGUCCUUGGAAUUCGCUCAGUCCUCGAUACCAACAACGCUUGGGAUCUUCACAGUUAUCUGAGAACCUCAGUACCAUUUUGUCGAACUUAGUAGAACAGCAACUUCCUACGAUUCAACUAGGCAUUUCGCGCUCUCUCCACGAGGUGAAACAUGAACUCCGUCAAAUGCCUCAUCGGCACACUGAAGACCACCGGGGAGAAGUGAUCAAAAUCCUAUGCGACUUCGCAAAGAAAAUCUCUGAUCAUAUUGAAGGCGUUCCUCCCAGCUAUGACCAAACGCAAGCUAGCCUUAUGUUCGCAAUCAAUUCCACGUUUGAAGAAUUCAAAUUAGAUGUACAUCGUACUGUUCCACGGUUCCGGCCUUGGAAAGUCAUAUCUACUGGGCAAUUGCCUAACGAAACUCUCGAUCAUAUGAUCCAGACGGCUUCUGCAGACGAUCCGGCCGAUGGCAGGGGCACUAUAAUGCAUGUUGAUCAGGUUAUGGAUCUCGCUCGACGUUCUCGAACUCGAGAGUUGCCGGGUAUUUACCCAUACUCUGUCCGGGAAACCCUGAUAAAAGAGUUCACGAGCAACUGGGAAAAACUCAUGAAUGAUUGUUUCGAGACUGUCGAGGACAUCCUCAAUACGCAUGUCAAUAUGAUACUCCGCGAUCAUUUCGCAUACUAUACUCACGGAGGUCUGUUGGACCAAGUCAAUUCCAUCAUACAACAGCAAACCUUCAAGUGUGUAGUAGCUGCUAAAAAACGGCUAGACGCUCAAUACGACAUGGAACGAGAGCAUUACACCCAAAACGAGGCAUUCUACUUUGAUUGUCGUGAUAAAUUCGUCACUCGUUAUAGGUCUUUGUUCCGCGAAUCGCUUCAGCAGAACACGGUCUUUGACAAGUUACUCGAGUGUUCGAAGAUGGGGGAAAGUCUUAUGCUGCAAACUCCCUUCGGUGCCAAGGUUCAUGCGGUUCUCGCAGGGCUGGAAGAGCUAGGAAUCACAAGCCGCCAGCCCACCGAGCUUGGGAAAUUACUCCCUAAUGAUAAUUUGGAUCCAGCACUAGAGAUUAUGGCUGAAGUGCGAGCAUAUUUCCAAGUCGCCUAUAAGCGGUUCGCCGACGUUGUUCCACAGAUCAUCGACGACAAAUUCGUUCGUGCAUUUGGAUCGUCGCUUGAAGUCGCUUUGCAUCUCAUGGACGUUAGCUCGGAGGCGUGCAUAAAAUUCCUGGAAGAGGCUCCUGAAAUCAGGCGACGUCGCCACGACCUGACGCAAAAAAAGACACGCUUAGAAGAAGCAAAGGAUAGGUUGGAGAAACUUUUCGUUUCAGCUGAUUCAGUCGGCUAUCCCGUUUCACCAUCGCUUUCUUCAUUCAAUGAUGUCAGCAGCAGUGACUUUGCCUCGCCAACAUUGACAGAAGCGCCAUUACCCUUGUAAAAAAAUAAAGUCUAGAUGUAGCCGUCAAUGCCCAGGCAUGAUGUUUUUGAUCUCUAGCUCAAACUAUCUCC